AGGGGCGGCGGCGGCUGUGGAGGCUGAGGCAGCGGAGGCGAACACCGGGUCCGGGCAGCCGCUGCGCACCCAGCCGGGCCGGAGGGGAUGUGACUGCCGGGCGUCGCGGGGUCGCUCCAUCUUCCCACCAUCCCUUCCUCACCCCCUGGGCUCCUCCCCCGCCGACCGGGCGGUCGCUGGGCCGGGCCCGGGGGCAGCGGCGGCGGCGGCGGCGGUCGGGGCCGGCCGGACGGCCGCGACCUCCCCUGGAUUCUGUCAACUCUCAACAACAAAUGUGCCCUAUAACUCAUGGAAGAAAAACUACAGGUCAAGACAUCUUUGGGUUCCAAGUUGCCGAAGUAUGGAACAAAAUCUAUAGGCAGCACCCUGCAAUCAGUGCCGAAUGGGACAGCUGUUAAUUUAUCAGGGAAUUCUACGAGUAGCAGUGGCAAAAAUGUCGUCAAGCACAAUGGCUCUAUUAAUAUGUCUUCCUAUUCUUUUAACUGGAGAAAGUCAAAUAAAUACCAACUCCAUGAACAAAGUACUAGGGAUUCUCACUCUACCCAUAAUUCAUGUGACAAACUAGUUGACCCUGAAAAACAUGUUAAUGCUCAAGAAACAUUUGGUAAAAGUGGAUUAAAGAGGGAUUUGAAGAGUGUUUCUUUACUUACAUCAAAGAUAGCAAAGCCAUCCAACAUGUUUGUUUCAUCUUCAGAGGAGUUAAACCAAAAGACUUUGUGUGGACUAUCUAGUUCAGGUAAAUUCACCAAAGCGUCAUUAUUAGGAAGGACUUCAUAUUCUUCACUUAGUGCUCCCAAAUCACAGUUAAAUGGAUUUUAUGGGAAUAGACCAACUCUAAGUAUGCAAAGGCCUAGAGCAAACUCCUGUACCACUAGGAACAGUUCUGGAGAAAGUUUAGCACAAUCGCCAGACAACAUUAAUUCUCUCACCUGUGAAAAAAUAGUACGGUCACAAAGUUUUUCACAUUCCAUUCAGAAGUCUUUCCUUCCACUUUCAUCCAUAACUAGAUCACAUUCCUUCAACAGGGCUGCAGAUCUUGCAAGGCCUUAUCAAAACCAACAGUUAUCCAUUAGAGUGCCUCCAAGGUCAAGUAUGCAGUCAAAAAAUAUGAGAUCAGAGGCUCUCAAUAGAAAUGAACAUUUAGCAUUUGGGUUUAACAGGUCGUAUGCUGCUUUUUCAGGCUCUGGUUUAAAGAAGUCGGCUUUACCAAAUGGCUCAGGGGUGACAUCUUUUGAUUAUAGGCUGGGUCGAACCUCUUUACUGAGCUCCAACAGACCACAGUUUACUGGGAAGAUGAUAGUGGAUGAUAAUAAAAAUUCAACUGGUGACAAAUGUAUAUUGGAGGACUCUUCAGUUUUGGUUAAUGAUGGAGCUAUUGAGAAGGAAGAAGAUUCAAUAGAAAAUUAUAGUUCUAGGACAGGAAGUAGCCAGGGCAUAAAUGAUAACAUGCUGGAGGAUGAUGUGAAAGUCAGAUACCUGAGUGACGAUGUGGAUGAAAUCUCCCUUUCAUCUUUGUCGUCUUCUGAUAAAAAUGAUUUGAGCGAAGACUUUAGUGAUGAUUUUGUAGAUAUAGAAGACUCAAACAGAACUCGAGUAACACCAGAGGAAGUCUCCCUCAAGGAGGAAAAUCUUGGAAGUGUUCCCCUAGUGGGUCCAUUUGAUUCUCUGAAUGAAAGUGAAAAACCCUUCAGUAAAACUGAUGAAUGGAUCGAUAUCAGUGUGCCAGUAGAAGACAAGAAUGAAUGCACCAAGCGCACUCCGGGGAAUAAUCUCAUUUCUCCAGAUAUGGAUUAUAGAGCUGGUUCUUCAUUUGAGCUCUCCCCAUCUGAUAGCUCUGAUGGGACAUACAUGUGGGAUGAAGAGGGUCUGGAGCCCAUUGGAAGUGUCCAUCCAUGUGGGAGUUAUGAGUCUUCAGAAAUGAACAGCACAGAUAUCCUGAACAAUCUUGACUCAUGUGACCUUGAAGAUGAUGAUCUCAUGCUUGAUGUGGACCUGCCUGAGGAUGCACCUCUUGAAAAUGUGGAGUGUGAGAAUAUGAACCGCUUUGAUGGAUCAGACAGAAAUGUUCGACAGCAUCAGGAAGGCUUUUGGAAAAGGCCACCCCAGAGAUGGAGUGGCCAGGAACACUACCGCCUGAGCCACAGUGACAGCUAUCAUCAGCAUGGGAAAACAGACCUGAGCAGAGGAUCUCCCUAUAGGGAAUCUUCUCUGGGUCAUUUUGAAAGCUACAGGGGAAGCAGUCUUUACCAGGGCCCUCGGAUGUUGGUAGAUGUACCCGAACACACUGUGAUGCUGGAUGAAAUGACUCUUCGGCACAUGGUCCAGGACUGCACUGCUGUAAAAACCCAGUUGCUUAAGCUGAAACGUCUGCUGCAUCAGAAUGAUGGGAAUGGCUCACAAGAUAUUCAGCUAUCAUUGCCGUCAAGUCCAGAACCAGAACCAGAGGUUGGGGAUCAGAUAUAUAAGAAUGAAGAUCUGUUAAAUGAGAUAAAACUCCUUAAAGAAGAAUUAAAGAAGAAGGAUGAAAAAAUCCAGCAGUUGGAGCAGCAGCUCGCCAGUAGGUGUAAAUGCCACCAGAAUUCUAAAGGGGAGAAGUGCACAUAUGCUGAUAAAUACACACAAACAUCCUGGAGAAGAAUUUCUCCUCAAGUACUACAGCCUUCCAGCAACCUUCCCAGGCCCACAGACCACGCCCAGGGAAAGCUAAUAAAGCCACAACACAUCGAGGCCCACAGUGAAAGUCCUGUUGAGGGCUUACAUCAGGAUGUUGAAUGUCUAAAUGAAAAUUCUGCAGAUGGUUUUCAACAAAAAAGUGAUUAUGGCCUCAAAGAACAGCCCCAGUCAUUAAAAUCAUCAUUAAUUCUGAAGGAAUUUGCUAAGAAUAUCCCUUCUCAAGAAUACCUGAAUAUGACAGGGAAUGUUUCAAAGCCUAAUCAGUUAACUAGUAAUAAAACAAGUGAACUAGAAUCUGCAUCCUCUUUCCAAGUGAGUACAGGAGAAGACCAAGCUCAGAAAGCUGUGAAAAAUCAGCCUUUGCCCACAGCUGGCACUACCCAUCCAAAGGCCUUGCAGCUUCAAAAGCCAUCAGUCGAUAAUUCUUUGGUACCUUAUCCAGGGACCAUUUCUGAAUCAUCUCACGAUAGACCAACAGCUUGCAAGACAUCAGAGUUAACAACAUGUAAUCCAGCAAAACUUCAAACUGCGAGUCAGACAAGCUUAAUAAGUAAGCCGAAUCAGAAAGCUUCUAAACUUCGCCCACCUUCAGUCUCCUCUUUUAAACAGAAGCAAAUAGUAAAUAGUCCCAGACAAGAGCCUCAGAACUUCCAAGGCAAGACAAGCAUCCCAAGGCCACUGACACAAAGAAAAGAGAUCGUGCAACAUCAAACUGCCAAUUUCCAUUCUGGGGAUUGUUUGACCUCUAAACGGUAUUCUCGUCUCCCUAAGCCAAAGAUACAUUAAGGACAUAAUCAUCACAUGCCCAAUUCUUUGGAAAGAUUUGUUCAUUCUAUAAUUGUUUUCCAUACAUCUGAUUCCCAUGGUGAAGGCACUAUUAAAAAGCCUGCAAGUCUUGAUAUUAAAACUUAGAAGCUUCGAUUAGUUUGGCUAUUCAAUUCCAUAACCUAGUUGAAGCAUAUACCAUCUGAACAUUCAUUGUCUCAGGUAAACACAGAUGUUUGCUUAUCCAUCUAAAAGGCCUGUGGAAGAAACUUCAGUUUAUUCCUCCCCACAGAAAAUUUAUGCUUAACCAUAGUAUUCCACUAAACAAAUAUUCAGGGUGUAUGGUUUGCUGACAUAGUCCUUUUUAUAAUUCUUAUUAAUCAUGAUUAUUUAAAAUGUGAGUCUUUUUUGUUUACCCCAAUCUUUGAAUAUAAUCCCUAUUUAAAAGGCUUGAGAUGUUGGUGGAAAUGCACAUCUCUGAGCAGAUUAUUGGCUGGUACUCUAUUUUAGAGGUCUCUGCAAAACCUCUACAAUCAUCUAAAGAACUCAAGCUUUUAGCAGGUUAUUAAUGUAUGUUAUACUUUUCUCUGGCAAAAAUCAGCAAAUCCUUUAAUUGGCUUAUCUUCCCUGGCCUUCUCUGAGUAUCAGGCAAAUCUCCUAGGUUAAAGGGCAUCAUAUUAUGUGUAAACAUCUAUGCAUUGCCGUAACAUCUCAUUGGCAUAACUUUUAUGUUCAGUUGAUGUUGUUACUGGGUAAAUUUUGGAAAUGGAGCUGAAGAUGCAUCUAUUUGCAAAACUUGAUGAUGCUAAGAGUUUUGCUGGUGAUUGAGUCUUGAACUUAUAAGGUUAAGGAUUCAUGAUACCCGUGUUUAAGGUCCUCCAUAAUAUAUUUUAAAUUAGCUCUUUUAACUUUAUUGUAAUAUUUGUAUUUAUUGACUUUCUGCUAAUAUCAGAAGAAUCUGAAGUACCUGACUUGAAAUGUUUGCACAAAACUUUGAUGUAUGUAUAGGGAUUUAAAACUAUUUUGCAUAAUAAAACUUGUGUUUAUUAAGUAAUAUUUUGAGAAAAAUCACAGAUUUGCUUUAAGCAAGCCCAUGAUAUCAUGAGAAGAGCUGGUACUCUUAAGAGCUUUGAUUUUGCUUUUCUAUGCUUUUUAGCUUUCUUCCUUGUUUCUAUGGGGUUGUGCAUAUGAGCAACAAAUUGAUUUGAAGGCGAUAAGAAACAGAGGACUCAUGUAAGAACUAGAAUUGGGGAGGGAAGAGUCUUUUACUAAACUGAUGCUCUCAGUUACUUUUUUUUUUCUUUCACAAGGCAGCUGUGAGACCAUGAAGUUAGUGCAUGCACAGAUCUAGUGGUGUUUGGGUGUCAUGAGGCUACAGAUUUCCUCUUAUAUUUCCCCAGUAAUGGCACCAGUCUGGACUAAUAUUUUCUGAGAGAGGUAAUCAUUACAAAGUGCUGUGGAUAGCCAGAAACAUUGCGUCAGAUUUCUUGCUUGUUUUGUACCUGCUGCUGACCACUAAUUAAAGGGAAUUUGGCCAGGAAAUCAGUUGCAUGUAUUUCCAAUGAUUCCUUUCAGAAUAAUAUAUUGGUGAGAAGUAACUAUCCCUUUGGAAAGAAAACAGGCAAAUGUCUGACUUGAAAUUAUAAAAUGCAAUUUGCCCCCAUGCUUGCUAUUUAUCUUUCGUUUGGAAUUGUCAGAAAACCAUUCAUGUGCACAUGUUUGAUGGUAUAUGAGCCACAUGUGUUUAGGCCUUCUUGAUAACAACAAACACACACACAUACAAAACCCUUCAAAAAUGGGUUUACCUUUGCCAUAAAUUCUAACUGAGAAACAUCAGUAUUAUAGCAGGUCCCUGAUAUCGUAUCCAUUAUGGUAAUUUUAGUGUAAUCAGACCUAUCAGCAAGAUACCUUAAUGUUUAUUAAUGGAGACAGGCUCUUGGGGCUUAAAGUCUGGAAAAGAUUGGUCCUUUUCCUUUAUGAAAAUUAAAAAUAAUUGUAUAGGUGCAGGUGACUUUAAAAGCAUUGAAUAGAGCAUUAGGUAGUUAAAUGAUAAUCAUUGCUGAAGUCCAUUUGCAUUUUUCUUUUUCGUAUCUUCAUUUGUGCAAUAUUUUCAGGAGAAUGAGACUACUGUUCAAUGUAUUUGAAUAGGGAUGAGAGCCUUUAUUAACUAUUUUAACAAGUGAAAAAUAUAAGGAAAAAAAUCAGAUUUGCACUUUAAAUGAGCUUUACUGCUUAGAGUUGUGCCUAAAGUAAUCAAAAAGCCUCCUGUGACUAUUUUUGUCUGUUUGAAAUAAAUCUCUCUGUAAGUGUUGCUGUUUGAAGGCAUCUGUACAGCACUGAACAAAGCUACUUUACCACCUCGCAUGUCACUUUUUUGCCUACAUUUUCUUUGUGUAUUCCUUUGUUUUCUCUUGUUUUUGACCUGAUAGCAUACCACAGAAUCUUUUUCUUUUUCUAACUGCCACUUGCACAUAUUCCCAUAGUCUAGUAUGCUACAGACAACAUAUACAACCUCAAUUUGUGAGCACAGUAGUCGUCAUUUCCUUGAUUUUGCAUUCAGGAAUGUCCGUUAGGAUCCCUAAACACAAUUGAAAUGAGAAUCUAUAAGCCUACACAAGUUCACAAUUUUUCAUGCUGCUAAAGGGGUUGGAUUCUUUGGGGGUGGAUACAGCGGCAUGCAUGUAUUUCUCAUAAAUGCAUUUUGAAAAGUCUUAGGACUUGAUAACAUCAGUAUGAAGGGGGAUUGGCGGAAAACACGUUAUCAUUUCUUAAUUCUUAUGCUCAAAGUGCAUUUGCAAAUGGACCUUCCAUGUGUUCUUUUUCAUUUCAGUGUGGCAGCAUGGAUUUUGAUACAUUAUGGAAGGCUCAAAUUUAAAAAUAAUCUAACUUUUGUCAUUAAGUAAACAUGCAGUAUACUUUUGAUCACCGCUGUGAUAAAGCUGCUUCACUGCCUCCUUAGAUGUCAGAUUAUCACAAUAAAAACAGAAUGUCAAAUCCAAUAACAUUUAAAGUCUUAAGUUCAAUGCUAGCUAUAAGACAAAAAUACAACCAAUUAAUACUUCCAGUGUUUGUUUUGCCCUUUGUCUUUUUAAAAAAUCCAUCCAGAGUACGUACCAUAUAUUGCAAUUUGCUUGUAAAGUAGAAAACCCUUAUGUAAAGACUCUUUCCUGAAAGUGUUGCUAUAGUGAAUAAAAAUAAAAUGGAUAAUUAUAAAUAUCACCCUUUUCUCUCAA